AUGGCAUCUCGUAUCCCCCCGACUCUUGCUGGAUCUGCGCGCCGCGCUAACAUCUUGAAGACGUGGCGGCACGCGAUUGCAGUGCGCGUGGGACGCUUUAACGAGGUAGAGCAGUGCGCUGUGCGCUCCCCCCGUGCGUCGCUCGGCUUCUCCCCUCUGCGACCCAAGCCCGUGGCUAAGCCGCCCAGCAAGAAGCCCAGGCCCAGGGAUGUGAUGGGUACCGCUGCUGCUGUGAAGCCCAGAGCGGUGCACAGCGGUCAAGCAACCGUCGCAGCUGCUGCAGCGAAAGUCACGCGAGCUAGUAAGGCGACACCAGCUAAGGCGACGCCAGCUGAGGCGACUCCAGCUGAGGCGACGCCAGUUAAGGUGACUCCAGUAAAGGCGACGCUAACUAAGGCGACGCCAACUAAGGCGACGCCAGCUAAUUCGACGCCAGCUAAGGCGACUCGAGCCAAGGCGACGCCAGCCAAGCUGUCGCCAGCUAAGGCGACGCCAGUCAAGGCGACGCCAACUUAUGCGAUGCCAGCUAAGGCGACGCCAGCUAAGGUGACGCCAGCAACACCAUCUAAGACGGCACCGGCCAAGGCGACACGUGCAAGCCCUACUGCCGCGGUAGGUGUGAAGGCUGCAGGUGCAAGCAGCCCAGCAGCAGCCGCAGCAGCUCCUCUCACCAUGAAGGCGGGUCUUGCUGGCGGGUCUGCGAUCCCCAGACCUGCAAGCAGUGCGUCAACAAGGAGGGUUGCAGCAGGAGUGACUGCGAGUGGCAUUCCCAAGCCACGGAAGGUAGCAGCCAAGUGA